AUGUGCCCACCAUCAGACCUGGCCAUCACUGGUGCCCGCGAUUCAGAUGACGAGACAUAUCCGCGUCUUUUGGAAUGCAGCCCCAACACAGACAUAUCGAAAGCUGCCUAUACACAUGCAGCUGAUCUGUUACAUACAGCAGUCCUCAACCAUAGUAUCAGAGUCUAUCUCUAUGCUAACGCGUUGGCCAAACACACAUCAUCAAAGUAUUUCACAGACGUCCACCACCGCGAUUUACUCUUCACCGCAUGCCUUUUUCACGAUAUGGGGACUACGCAAAAGUAUGAUGGCUCGCAGCGCUUCGAGGUUGAGGGCGCCGAUGCAGCAGUCAGGUUUCUGUUCACCCACGGUGUCGAAGGAGCAGAUGCGCAUGAUGUCUGGACAGCGAUUGCGUGCCAUACCAGCCCGGGAAUCGCCGAAAGGAUUGGCGAGCUCUCGAAGCUGGUUCGAAUCGCCGUUAUCACAGACUUUGGAAGGAAGAGCGCGGACUGGGAGGUGCUCGAGUCACUGAGAGAGCAGUUGGAAGUGCGGUACGAGCGGGUAGGGAUCGAGAAGGUGCUUGGUGAUGCGGUAGUGGAACAGGCGAAGCGAAAGCCAGAGAAGGCGCCGAAGGUUUCGUGGCCGCAUGCAAUGUACGUGGCGUCGCUCGCGGAGCCGGAGUGGGAUGGUGUCAACAAGGCGUUUUGA